AUGAAUCCCAGAAAACGAAUAAAAUUGACCCGUGAAACUUCACUUGAAGAAGCGUUAUUGAAGUGGUAUGCACAACAACGUUCUUGUGGAGUUCCAGUGCGAGCAGUUGAACUUAAAUCUGCUGCAAUUAAAUUAGCUAAUCAUAUGAACAUAAUUUCAUUCGAAGCAAGUGAUGGAUGGCUCUGGCGUUUUCGCAAAAGACAUGAAAUUUUUAAUAAGCGAAUUUACGGCGAAGCUAUUAGUGCCCCAAAAGAAGAUAUUGAACCUUCCCGACAAAAAUUAAUAGAACGGAUAAAUCUCGAAUUGUUAUUGCAAUCCCAGAUUUAUAAUGCUGAUGAAACUGGUCUGUUAUGGCGUGCUUUGCCUGAAAAAAACCAACCUUUUAGAUAUUAUUCAUCGACAACCGGUAGCAAAAUCGGAAAGGAAAGAAUAUCAGCACUGAUUUGUGCUACCGCUGAUGGAUCCCAUAGACUGACACCUGUCAUAGUUGGAACAUUUCAUAAACCCAGAGUUUUAAAAGACAUAAUGAAUUUCCUUCCCGUUUCGUAUUAUAAUUCACAAAAGGCGUGGUUCACAGCAAAUAUAUUCAAAGAUUGGUUUUUUAAAGAAUUUAUACCUGCAGUCAGGAAAUUUCAAGAGGAGAAGCUUGAAAUACCACCAGAUGAUGUAAAAUGUUUAUUGCUUUUAGACAACGCACCUGCUCAUCCAUCUGAAAAUAUUUUACGAUCCCACGAUGGUCAAUUUAAUUGUAUGUUUUUGCCCAAAGAUACAACAUCGAUAAUUCAGCCCAUGGACCAGGAAAUAAUUUUAGUCACCAAACGAAUAUAUAGACGUAAAUUUUUAGACGAGUUAAUGGUUGUGUUGUAG